CCAGCGGCAGCCUCCUCUUUCCAGACCAACCGACCCAUCGGCACAUCCAUUCUCCGCUCUGACAGACUCAGCUCCCCUGGGAGGCUGUCCCCUGCCCCUCCCUCCACCUACCACAGCUCAGCCAGCCUUCGGGAAAGGCUAACCUUACCUCCGGCUGAGUCUCAGGGGCCGCCUCACUUAGUGGCAGACCCCUCUCAUCUCAGCCUCCCAUGCCGAGGCCCACCUUGUCAGUCACUUCCUUUUGUCAUCGGCUUGGCAAACGGGAGAGAAAACGGAGCUUCAUGGGAAACAGCAGCAACAGUUGGUCCCAUGCACCAUUCCCCAAGUUGGAGCUGGGUCUGGGGCCCCGAGCUACUGCACCCCGGGAGCUGCCUGCCUGCUCCAUCUGCCUGGAGAGGCUGCGUGAGCCCAUCUCGCUGGCCUGUGGCCACGACUUCUGCAUUCGGUGCUUCAACACGCACCGAGUCCCCGGCUGUGAGCCACCCUGCUGCCCCGAGUGCCGGAAGACCUGCAAGCAGAAGAAGGGCCUCCGCAGCCUGGGGGAGAAGAUGAAGCUGCUGCCACAGCGGCCGCUGCCCCCUGUGCUGCAGGAGAGCUGCGUGGUGAGGGCAGAACCACUGCUGCUGGUGCGCAUCAACGCCUCAGGGGGCCUCAUCCUACGGAUGGGGGCCAUCAACCGCUGCCUGAAGCACCCCCUGGCCAGGGACACCCCAGUCUGCCUCCUCGCCGUCCUGGGGGACCAGCACUCAGGGAAGUCCUCCCUCCUCGACCACUUGCUCCGGGGCUUGCCGGGUCUGGUGAGGGCAGGGCUGGCAGGAGGCUGGAGGGGGGAGCCUGGUGGUGAGGGCAGCUGGUCCAGAGGAGGAGAGGUGUCCCUGCAGGGGUUCAGAUGGGGUACUAAUGGCCUCAGCAGGGGCAUAUGGAUGUGGAGCCACCCCUUCUUGUUGGGGAAAGAGGGAAAGAAGGUGGCUGUGUUCCUGGUGGAUGCAGGAGACGCCAUGAGUCCUGAACUGAGCAGGGAAACCAGGAUCAAGCUCUGCGCUCUCACCACGAUGCUGAGCUCCUACCAGAUCCUAAACACCUCCCAGGAACUGAAGGACACAGAUCUGGACUAUCUGGAGAUGUUUGUCCAUGUGGCUGAGGUGAUGGGCAGGCAUUAUGGGAUGGUGCCAAUCCAGCAUCUGGACCUCUUAGUUCGCGACCACCCCAGCAAGGCAGGGCAAGAUCACACAGGUGACAUCCUCCAGAAGUUGUCAGGCAAAUAUCCCAAGGUCCAGGAGCUGCUCCUAGGGAACCGAGCCCGCUGCUACCUCCUGCCUUCUCCAGGCAGGCAGUGGAUGAGCAAAGGCCAAGGAAGCCCAGGAGGCGACACAGAUGAUGAUUCCCGCCACCUCCUUUGGCCCUAUGUCUUGGAUGUGCUGAGUGCAGCCCCCCAGCAUGCUAAGAGCCGCUGCCAGGGCUACUGGAGUGAGGGGCGCACCGUGGCCAGGGGAGACAGACGCCUGCUAACCGGACAGCAGCUAGCUCAGGAGAUCAAGAACCUCUCGGGCUGGAUGGGGAGGACAGGGCCCGGUUUCAGCUCUCCGGACGAGAUGGCUGCUCAGCUUCAUGACCUGAGGAAAGUGGAGGCCGCCAAGAAGGAGUUUGAGGAGUACGUGAGGCAGCAGGAUGUAGCCACCAAGCGCAUCUUCUCUGCACUCCGGGUCCUGCCAGAUACCAUGCGGAACCUACUCUCCUCCCAGAAGGAUGCUAUCCUGGCCCGUCAUGGAGUGGCCUUGCUGUGCAAGGAGCGUGAGCAGACCUUGGAGGCCCUGGAGGCUGAGUUGCAGGCCAAGGCCAAGGCCUUCAUGGACUCCUACACUAUGCGCUUCUGUGGCCACCUCGCUGCAGUUGGGGGUGCUGUGGGAGCUGGGCUCAUGGGCCUGGCAGGGGGCGUUGUAGGUGCAGGCAUGGCUGCGGCUGCACUGGCAGCAGAGGCUGGAAUGGUGGCAGCAGGGGCAGCAGUGGGGGCCACGGGGGCCGCUGUGGUGGGGGGUGGCGUGGGUGCGGGGCUGGCUGCCACUGUGGGCUGCAUGGAGAAGGAAGAGGAUGAGAGGGUGCAGGGAGGAGACCGAGAGCCCCUUCUCCAGGAAGAGUGACAGCCCAAGAAAUGUUAAAGAGUGAGAGAGAUGUGAGGUUGGGGAGAAAGUAGAGGGUAAGGGCGGGGCAAUGCCAGGGAUCCUGAGGGGCCCACAUGUUGAAUACCCUGGACACUGGCCAAGCUGGGGACUUAAGGUGCAUCCAGGAACCCAGGCAGGUUUUCCGGGACCAGCAGUGGGUGAGUAGAGUGCAGGGUCUGUUUCUGGUUGUAGAUUGUUGAUCUGCUGCUGUCCUGGUCCUAGGUAAACUUGACCCCAGGGUUUUCUGCUGUGAAUGAGGCUCCACCCUCCCCUCUCUUGUUUGUUUCCCUGUAUGACCUUGGAUUGGAGCAAGGUUGAAGAGGUGCCAUCCUACAAGUCUGCCCCUGAUAGGGGUCAACAGCCCUAUCAUUUGACAGAUGAAGAAUUGCCAGGAUGGCUGAGUUAGGUGCUCAGGAGUAAAGAGCAUUGACAGGGCUGGGGAGGAGAGGAGGAAGCGAUACUGGGCCAAACCAACGAGGCAAGUUAUGACAGAGGGUAGGCAAAACCCCAUAGUAGAGACACUUGCUCCCAGGAUGCAUUGCAAAGCUGCUCCUGCAGACUAAGAUGGCUGCCUGCCCUGGCAGCUGUGUGCGUGCGUGCGUGCAUCUUGAGUGAGCCUGUGCUCGGCUUGGUCUCAUGCCUUUCGUCAAGUCUGUUCAGACAGAGGAGUGCCCGUGUUCUUUGUGGAACACCCUUGCCACAACAGAUCAAAUGCCAAAGAAUCACACUUUGAUUGUGUUCUGAGCUAAAUUAGCCUAUUCCAGAUUCUAUGAAAGCCUCAUAAAGGAAACCAAAGGGAACAGAUUCUAUCCUUCAACAUGUCAUUUCUCCCUGAGCUUGUGAGAGACCACUCUGUUUUGUGUUAGAAGACCUCUUCGAUGCUGUUCCCCGAAUACCAAGUCCAUGGGGAAUUUAUGGGGAGCCUCUCUCUGGAGGACAGAAAGUCCUACUAGGAAGACUUCUGGGUUACUAAAGUGUAAAGUAUGCUGGUCACAGACCUUAUAUUUUACGAAAAAAUAAAAUGUGUGUACAUGAA